CGGCUGCACAGAACAGAAGCCAGUUGGUGAUGCAGGUGCGAUGACUCAGGCUCCGGCGACGAUGACGACGACGACGACAUACGUUCAAGCACCACAAACGGCUGCUCCUAAGGAGGUUACGAUCCAGUGUCAUCGUUUGUGCAGCAAUCUGCUUGAGCUCGAGAGAGAGCUCAACGAGUCAUGGAGGAAGGCCACAAAGACGUCCAAGUUUCCCCAACAUUUGCAUGAGUUGGAUCAGGCCACGAGGACCAUGACUGUUGAGCAUGCGAACAAUACAAAGCUGCGAGGGCAAUUGCAUGUGGUCAAACGAGGGAGAGGGAGAGGAAGACCUCGGAAGGAGCUGCAACUCAAGGGGCAACAGGUAAUGAGGAGAUCGAGGGCGUGGAAGGUGGCAAUUUGGCAGGAGGUCCACCACCCGCACGUGGCGCAAGAAAGCGAGGACCACCGCAGAAAGCGCCCGUGCAAGAGGAGGCUGCAACUCAAGGGGGCACAGGUUAUGAGGAGGUUGGGGAUGUGGAAGGCGGCAAUUUGGCAGGAGGUCCUGCACUUGCACAUGUCAGAAGAAAGCGGGGACAACUGCAGAAGGACCCCGUGCAAGAGGUGGAGGAAGCAGCGCGAAAAGCGACAAGCAGCGAAGAAAGUGGUGGCGGUGGUGAUGAAAAUGAUGGUGGCAGUGACGAAAGUGAUAGAAGUGGCGAUCAUGACAGGAGUUGCGGCAGCGUCGGAACUGAUGGCAGUGGCGAGGAGGAUGAAAGCGAAGGUGACGAGAAAGAUGGCAGUUCUUCGUCGGAGGAGGGAAACUCGGAAACAGAACCCGUCUAAACUGCGCAAGACAUCCCACUGACCACAGAGAGAGAGAGAGAGAGAGAGAGAGAGAGAGAGAGAGAGAGAGAGAGAGAGAGAGAGAGAGAGAGCACUGACACUGCUGCCAGUCUGAAGACUCUUUAAAGUUAAAAAUUCGAAGUAAAAGUUUUUUUUUUUUUUUUCUCUGUUUCUUUAGUCUUGUGCCAGCUUUGCAC